CGCACGCGUUGUCCCAACGUCGACUCGCGCCUCGGCACACCACUCGCUGCUGUUGCCAUGAUGCCACCACAGCUCACCAAGCGGCCAUCCAAGUUGCACGCGACGGCGUCGACAACGCUUCGGUUCCUCGUCCUCGUCGUGAGUGUAUCGUGCUCGCUCUUGGUCGUCAUCGACAUCGUUGGCAACAACUGGGAGCUCAACGACUUUAUGGGCAACGCCAAGCACUUUUUGACCCCGCUCUUGACGACGCACUCGAUCGAUGACCUGGUGGAAAUGUACGCGUUUCCGACGACAGCGUCCCCGUGGGUCGCGUCCAACGGCGGCCGGUACAUGAUCAACGCCGCCAUCGGACAAGCCCAUGACACAGAUGGACUCCACUACCACUUGACGCUCGGAUCGCACACGAUCGAUACGCCCGAGAACGACAUUUGCAAUCAGCUCGUCAACACGUAUCCCCUCGUCAAUACAACAACUCCAACGGUCCGCCUCGGCGCGAUUGAAGACCAUGUCACGUUUAUCCGCGGCUCGACGUUGACGCACUUGUUCGACGACUCGGCGACGGCUCCACGCGGCCACACGGGCGACAACGCGUCGACUCUGGCAGCGCUCGGAUACGUUCCAGGUCGUGUCGGGCUCGACAUGCGGCUCACGACUGCCAUACCCCUCGACACGCAUGGCCAAACCGCCGUGUUCAACGUGACCAUGUACCGGUUUUAUAGCAAGGCAUUUUGCUCGGGAUGCCGACCAAAUACGGAGCUCGGGAUGGACACGUGCACGAUCGAGUACUCGUACAACGCGGCGACGCACGACCUCCAAGUCCAUUCGAGCCUUGCCAUCUACGGGCAACACCACAUUCUCGGGAUUGUCAUGCUCCGGAGGUGGGGCCCCGUCCUGUCGCUGUGGGUCCGAGGGCUGUGUAUUCUGGCUGUCGUGUGUGCGUUUGCCGCAAGCCAAAAAACUGUCCAGUGGACGGACUCGCUGUCGCUGACGUCGGUGGGCAAGCGACUCGUGCACAAGUUCAGUCCCCCGCAGUACCGGCACGUCAACAACGCGUUUCACUUUUUGUACUUUUGCUUCAACAGCGACUUCACUGUGCUCAUGUUUUCGAUGUCGGUCAUGUUUGACGAAGACGUGGCCAUGGUGUACGGCCGUGUGCUCAGUCGCUGGUACAAGCCCGCGUCGUUUGAGUUGUGGACCCAGCUGCGACUGUUUGCGCUCGACUUUCGGUGGAUGUGGUUCAACCUAGCGAUUCUCAAGGUGUUCAAGCUCGCGUGCAACUUGUUUAGCACGGCGCGGUUUAGCGGCACCAACUUUGUCAUGGGGUGGCUCAAUUUUCGCAGCAUCACGUGGGUGUACCUGACGGUGUUUGUCCUGUUUGAACGCAUCGACUACACCGAGUACGGCAACUCGGUCCGAGUCGAAGUCACAUCUCUCGUGGACGACUUGGACGCGAUCUACGUCGAGUUUGAACAGAGCUGGUACAUCCGCGGCCUUCCGUCUCUCGGAAUGCUCAUGGUGCUCAACCUUCUCCUCGUCCUCUUCGUCGACCACGUAGUGAACCGCGACUGGUGGCGCCUCAUGGCCAAGACGUCGUUUGGCCGCCAGCACAUGUACAAUUCGUCGUCGAUCAUUGCGGACAUGGGUCUCGUUGUCACGAACGGCGACCCCCACGCAACGAUCACGAUCAAAGCGCGGACGAUGUCGACCAUGAGGUGGUACUUUACGAGCCACCUCAAGUGCUUUGGGCUUGCCGAAGAACCGACGAUGCUACGCAAGUUGGCGUCGAGCAGUGCUGCCAAAGGGUCGAUGCAGACCGUCCGACAGAACGAGGACAAAGUGUCCCCGUCGAUAGCGACGCUCGACCCCGUGGGUGAAGUGCAUUUCCUCGUACAAGACUCGGAAGGCCAUGUGCAUUUGAUUGAUUCGGACAAGCGCGAAGUCCAAGCGCUCGGCGUCGAAGUCAAGAUCCUGAGGGACUCACAGUUUAACAUUGGAUAACGCACCGGAAACAGUACACACGGCAUGCGUGAGUCAGGACGACUACAGUUGGAAGAUGGAUAAUCGCUUGGCUGUUUGGCGAACGGCACGACCGUAAU